AUGGCUGGACCCGGCGCUGGGCGUGAGGAGAUGGAGGUGUGGGCCGGGAAGGCCAGUGGGGCCCUGAGCAGAGAAGGGAGCAGACCCUGUGAAGGCCGAGGAGGCAGCCCCAGGCGGCCUGGAGGCAGAGAGCGCAGCUUCGAGGUCAAGGACGCUCAGAAGAGGACCUGUGGGGGGGUCUGCAUCACGGCGUCUCGCUCACCAGGGCGCCUGCCCUGCUGGAGGAAGGAGCCCACUGGGGGCCGCCUGCUGCUCCUGGAGCCCCCCUGGGGGAGGCAGAGAGCCCGCUGGGCCCAGGCCCCGCCGAGCACGCCAGCCAGCAGCCCCGGGAGCACAGGCGCCGGCCUGGAUGAGCAGAGAAGGGCCACAGCCCUGGCCCGAACUGAGGGUGCCCAGGCCCCCCAGGGAGGUCCGGGCGAGAAGGCUCAGGCAGCUCUGGCCAGCGCCACCUCGGGGCUACUGGAGAACGUGUGCCUGGAGUACGCCGCGCCGGACGGUCACGACGUUGACGCAGAGCCCGCAGGGUGUGAAACGCAGGUGCCCGCCGCUCUGCCAGCACCCGAGUCCUCAACAGCCUGGCACCUCCGAGCCUACCAGCAGGAGGCCGGCCCUGGCUCCCUAGCGCCCAUGGUCGCCCCGGCCUUUACCAGCUGGGAGGCAGCCCUGGCUACGGGGCUUUCCAGCAGGACGGUCAGCAGGUCCCGGGCCGAGGGUCUUGGCAAAGGAACCCACAGGAAGGCUGAGAGAACGGAGAGCUCAUCACCUCGGGGAAAUGGGGGUGAGGCUGGCGGCCGCCGGGCUGGUCCCCCAAGGCUGGACGCCACGUGCGCUUGGGCCACGGCCCGGAGAAAGGCGGCCGAGCCUUUCACUCCAAAUCGCUUCCCUUGGUCCCACCCAGGCACAGGGCAGGAGGCCCCGGCUGGGGGCCGCAGCUUCCCUCUGGGGGAGUGCCCGCCUGGCACAGCCCGCGGCCUCAGCCGGCUCCCGGCGCCCAGGGCGGCCAGUGUGGGUGGCCAGAGCCGAGUCCAUGAGCCGUCCCUGCCUGGUCGUCAGCCCAGGCCCCGCCGGAGCCGGCUGGACGGCGGAAUGGAGGGUCACGCCCAGCGCGUGGACGGCGUCCCCCCGGAAAGCUCCCAGCGUUUGUGUGUGCGAGGCCUCCUCUGCGGCUGCGAGCCGGGGCGCCGCCCGGCCUCUCCUCCAGAGGGACAGGCCUGUCUGCGGGGCCGGAGGGCCGACGCGGUGGUGGAGGCCCUGAGUCCUGCCCGGCCCCCGCGGCGGCACGACAGCUCAAUCCGGGGUCGGCCCGUGGGGCCGCCGGGGACUGCGCCGAAGAUGACAAGGCCUCUGCCUCCCUCCAAAGUGCCUUCCGGGUCGCCGUUCGGAGGCCGCUGCCGCGCCGCCCAGCGAGACCACCACCAGCAGCCCCGGCCGGCUCCCUCCGCGCGCCUCCCCUCUGAGCGCCGGCCUGACCCGGGUCUCGCGGCUCCGCCGUCCACCCUGAGGCCUUGGUGGCCUCAGCCAGGACCGUGGGGACAGACGCCUGUCCACGGGGCCGGAGCAGGGCAGGGGAACGCGGGGCAAGAAAUCAGCCAGGUGGACCGAGCGCAGCCAGUGAGAAAUCCAAGAGCCUCAGAGAGCAGUGAAGAGGGCGCCGGGCCCAGCGCACUGCGGUCCCCGGGCACCCCGCACUGCCUGGAGGGGCCUCCCCAACUCCAGACGGCGGUGCUGCCCGGGCCCUGCGCGGACCCCCAGGCAGGGCUGUCGGGUGUGGUCGGGUCUGGCGGGUGGAGAGGAGAUGCCUGGCCUCGGGCAGGGCCCGGUAGCUGCACAGACCCGGGGGUCCAGCGCCCGGAGGGCGUCUUCCGGAGAGGCGCUGGCUGUACCCUCAAAGCCCCCACGCCGCCCAAGCAGCCGCGCGCCCCCAAGCCGCAUCCUGGAGGGGCAGGUGUGGGGGCCUCUGAGCCCCCGCAGCUCUGCAGCGCCGAGCCCUACUUCUUCCCGGGCUCCUGCCUUCCCGGGCUCCCGUCCCCCGCUGGGGACGCAGCAGCCCGCGGCCCACCGCCGCCUCGGUGUGAGUCGGUCGUGCGCAGAGCACACGGCGCUUAUUUUCCGAAACCCCCUCAGGCGCCGGUGCUACGGGCUACGGCAGGCAGUUCCGUGGCGGCGUUGGCCACGGAGGGGGACCUCAGGGCCCGCGGCGGCUCCCCCCGCCAGCUGCUCCGAUCUGGGGUCUUGAGCCCAGGUGGCCCCCUCCCCGCCCGGCCGCCAGCACGCCCUCCUGCCUGGCUCCUUCUGCCCGGUCCCGGCCCGCGGGGCCGCUGGGAUGCUCGAGGCACGGCCCGCGCUUCCUCCCGGGUCGACCUGCGGCCCCUCCGCCGCGGCCCCGGACCACUCACGCCCACGUCCCAGGCUUCCGCGUGA